CAAUGGUGUGUCGUACUUACUAGAACUGCGUACUUGUUAGCCAUUGUCAUCGUUCCACACCAAGUCGAUCAGCCGAGCAGGGAACAGGAAAAAAGAGAAAUACACAGGACCUACUGACCAAAGCAUUACCAUGGUCACCUGAAAACACUCGUUUUAAGCUACGGCUUAAUGUUGUAAGUUCAGAAGAUAAAAGGACAACACCAUCCACAUUGAAGUAUUAAGACUCCUCAGAUUACCAUUACUGAUUUUAGUGUUGAAAUGCUCCUUCGAGUAUGACCAGUUCAAAUGCAUCCAAAGAGUUAACGCUGACGGAAGCAGUAUACGGUCCAUGCACAGAUUUGUUUCGCGAAUUCUUCAAAAAUGAAAUUCCGAAAGAACAGUUUCUAUUGGAGUUUAAAAUUCGAAAAACCCUGCUUCUGCGUAAACCAGAGUUGAAGAAAAUGGUGGAAAAAACAACCAAACUGUUUGAUGGAACUUACGAAAAGUUUGAUCUUAGCCUUCUGUACUUUCUUUUGAGAAAUAUGACGAAGAUCCCAGCUCCGGUGAAUGGAAGAUCCCAGCUCCGGUGAAUGGAAGAUCCCAGCUCCGGUGAAUGGAUGGGGUAGGGACCCAGCUAAAUCGGACACUUCUAACAGCGCCAGCAUAGAGCGAAUAAAGCGAAUCAGAAACGUGUGUUGUCAUCCUACAAACGGUCAAAUGUCUGAUGAAAAGUUUAAGGAAUAUUGGAAAGACCUUGAACAAAGUGUUAGAAAUUUGGAACUUAAUUUUCCUGGAGAAUAUAAUCCAACAUAUUCUUCAGCCCUUGCUUUGAUAAAGACAGGACAUCUGGAUUGCAACACACAAGAACUCUCGAAAAAUGAAGAAAAACAUGAUGAAGACAACGAAAUUAAGUGCACUGAAAGACAGGGGGAUGCGAGAGAAAUGUGUGAAGCUGAUAUUCACCGAUGUUUCUCUGAAUCUGGAACAUUCCCUGGACUAAUUACUUGCACGAAAUGGAAUGCCAGAUCACCAAAGAAAAAAGCUUCCAAAUUUAUAAGGGAUCCACACAUUGUCAUCAUUAUACAUGGUGUUACGAAUCCUUGUUUUACGCACGAGGAAUGCAUCAAAAGUGUUCAGGCCUAUCAAGACUUUCACAUGGAUACGAAAGGUUGGGACAACAUAGGGUACAACUUUUUGAUUGGUGAAGAUGGGAAUGCGUAUGAGGGCCGAGGACCCGAUUCAAUAGGAGCCCAUACACUGGGUUACAACGCUUUUAGCAUUGGUAUAUGUUUUAUUGGAAACUACAAUCUUCGUUUACCGAACCCAAAAGCUUUGGACACAUCUAAAAGGCUUAUAAAGUGGCUCGUUGAGAGUGGAAAGAUACCAGAAAACUACACCUUGAAAGGACAUCGAGAUCUGAGACCAACAGAGAGUCCAGGCCAAUUACUCUACCAGGAAAUCCAAAACUGGCCUCACUAUAGACAAACUGCCCAAUAUCAGAAAUGAAAUACACAUUCAUGUAUACCAUAGAGGAAUACUGCAUAAUUUCAUAUGCAUUAAAUAAAAUUAUUUUCCUGAAAAUAA